AUGGAGCACAGAAUGAAUCAAAUGUUGCUCCUCAUCCUCUCCCUUUCCUUCGUCCUCCUCAACCCGACUGAGGCCGUGUGCCGUCCCCGGAACUCGGCUGGCAAAGUUGAUCCCGGGCUCGGCCAUACACCUGAGAAGUCCUCCCUGACUCCUCCCCCAACCAAUCAAGCGGUGACUCCUUCCCCUAGCCAUGUGACCCCUCCAUCGGCUCCCAAGGCAGCCACUCCUUCUCCUUCUGCCCCGAAGAGCUCACCUUCCCCCAAGGUGACUCCUCCUCCUCCUCCUACCCCAAAGAGCUUGCCGCCCCCCAAGGCUGCCUCCCCUCCGCCGCCGAGCCCACCACCCCCAACCCCCAGCCCACCACCCCCUACUUACAGCCCACCACCACCCCCUAAGGCCACCCCACCCCCUACUUACAGCCCACCACCCCCCACUUACAGCCCACCACCACCCCCUAAGGCCACCCCACCCCCUCCCGCUCCAGUAUCUACCCAGCCCCCGCCCACCCCCAUAUCCACCCCACCGCCACCCAAGGCGACCCCUCCUCCUGUGGCAAUCACCGCCCCACCUCCUCGGUCCAACAAUGGCCUUGGGGUUGGUAUGAUGCUUCCCGGUGCGGCUGCCCUCAAGCUUAAGAUGCUCUGCACCCAGCUAACGAGCUACCCCGACCUCUGCGUGUCAGCCAUGACCCCAUUCUUGGACGGGAACGCUGCACUCGAUGACAUGAAGUUCGUCUUUGAGACUGCCGUCAAGGUCGUCGUCAACGAGACCAACGGCCUCAAAGAUCUCAUAACAAGCUACGAGGGAAAGGCGACUAGCCCCAUGAUGGUCGACAGCUUCAAGGCAUGCAAGAACGACUAUGAUGACGCGCUCGAGGACAUCCAGACUGCCAUGGACGCUGCCCCCUCAGGAGACUACGGUACACUUACCACCUUCCUCAGCAGCGCAAUCGACAGCUACGGGGAUUGCGAUGAUGAGUUCAGAGGGCUUAACCCGCUCGCCAUCCAGAAUGCCAGGCUUCGUCACUUACUCGAUAACUGCCUUGCCUUCGCUGAGAGGGUCCACUGGGCUUGA